GAACCUUUUUAGAUGUAACCAACGUUUCGCACGAGCGUGGAUGUCAACAACGUUGUCAGGAAUUUCGUCAUUUAGCUAAAUGAUUGAAAUAUAUGUAUCAACUUAGCUACAUUGUGAGAGUGAUUGUGCUGACGAAUUUAGUGAAGAGAAUAUGCUUCUGUUUUGUCCAACAUGUGGGAAUGUGUUGAUUGUAGAGGAAGGACAGAAAUGCUAUCGAUUCGCCUGCAACACAUGUCCGUACGUGCAUAACAUAACUAGGAAGGUAAACAACAGGAAGUAUCCCAAACUGAAAGAGGUUGAUGAUGUGCUUGGUGGAGCUGCAGCCUGGGAAAAUGUGGAUUCCACGCCAGAAAAAUGUCCCAAGUGUGAGCACCCCCGAGCAUUCUUCAUGCAGAUUCAGACCAGAUCUGCUGAUGAACCGAUGACAACCUUCUACAAAUGCUGCAAUUAUGAGUGUGGACAUCGCUGGAGAGACUAAACUGGUGUUCAAUUGGAUCUCUACCUGAGAACACUAGUUGAGUCAGCUAGCCUGGUUUUCUAGUGUAUGUGCUGUAGCCAACUCUUCUGUUGUCAUGCCAGACAGCUUUGGUAUAACAGUGAAUAAACAGAGAGGAGUUUGCUAAUCGCACAAACAGACUGGACCACAUGGCUACUAGUUGACCACAACUCUGGUGCCGAGCGUGUUGGGGAAAAAGUAGCAAGAGUUGAUGUAAUAUACACUUCUACCAAAUGUGCUUUAUACACAAGAGUAUGUCCAUGCUUUGUUUAGCAUUGUGAUUCGUUUUUAACUUCCCUGGGUUGUGUUUCCUAUGAAUACAUUCUGAAGUCAAUUGCACUUCCAAUUUAUAGCUGGAGAUACAUCAUGUGUUUCAGGAGUUGCCAAAUGGCUAGAAUCCAUUAUUGGUCAUUCUUUUAUUUCUCCUAUAUUUGUUUCACAUACUAUAAAAAAUAAAAAGGACUGUUUUUGAAUUGAAAAAGUAUGACUAUCUGACAAAUGACUAAUACAAUUUAAAAAAUCACAAAUACUGGUUUGUUUUGUUAAAAUAACUGCACUGUAUGCAACAGUAAUGACCCAACUCAUCAUUUAGAUGUACAUGUACAUUAUACAAUUCUUUAUUUUUUUGAGGGGGCAACAGACCAAACUAGCUACCAACAAAAGGCAUUAAUUGUGUUCAAAGUCAAAUGCAAUCCUUAAACUCUGGUUUUACUACAUGUUCUAACACAGCUUCAAGCCACUUCACACUGCAAGUAGAAGAUUCAAGAGCGUACAAAGUUAGAGACCAGCCUGUGAAACGUAUCCAUAAGAAUGCAUGUACAUGCAGACAUACUCCACUUGUCGUCGGUGUUUACUGUAUAUAAUCAUGCUGGUUAUUGUCAGUAUUGAGAGGGGACGAGAGAUCCUACAGAUGAGACUCAAAUGAAGCAGACAUACAUUGGUGUACUUGGACUGGAUCUAACACGUUAAUAUGAAGCAGAUGAUAACAUCACUUGAAUCUGCAUUCGAGAUUACACUAUUUCAGCCAAGACUUGGUGACGAACUUGCUUUUGUACACCUGUAUCGAUGGCAUAUCAGACUAACAUGCAUCAGAGCAAGAGUGAUCAAACCUAGACAAGGAACACUAAAGAGAAAGAGCAGAUUGUGGCUUUGAGACCUUAACUUUGCUUGAACAGAUUAUGUAGCAGGUUUAUGCACAGAAAUGCUAAAUAUGAAUGUACGUUUUUGAGAUGAGGUUGAAUGUGAAGGACAUUGUUUAUCAUUAAAGAAGUUAUGUAACCCAUCAAAAAAAGUAGUAAAACACUGAUGCGGGAAAAUAAACUGGAUGCACUCUA